AUGGAGUUGAUUGUUGCUAAACGCUAAUUUGACGAGAUGACUAAGGAAUUGAAGCAAAGGAGAGAGGAAAUAUAUGGAAAAAUAAAGGGAGUGCCUUAAGUAGAGAAAAAGCCUCAAUCCUCGGGAAAACAGGAAAAAUUUAAAUCAAUGGAUGAACAUAGAAUUACAUUGUAGGAGCUGGAAAAUAAAUUGUAAACCAAUGUAGUGAAUGGACUCGAACAAUAAGAGGCCGAUAAGAGAUUAGGAAUACAUGGAAAAAAUUAAUUGACGGAGAAAAAGUAAGUACCUUGGUAUAUGAAACUGUUACACGAAUUAACUUCUGUGUUUGCCUGCAUGAUGUGGACAGGAUCAGUAUUAUCAUUCAUUGCAUAUGGAUUAACACCAGAAGAUCCUUCAAAUUUGUAUUUAGCCCUAGUGCUAGCAUUUGUGGUAUCUGUUACUGGAGUAAUGGCUUACUUUCAAAAUCAGAAGUCAGCAGCAUUAAUGGAAGCAUUCAAAAACUUUAUUCCUCCUGAAACAUAAGUCGUGAGAAAUGGAAAAUAAAUGAAAAUUCCAGCUGAAAAUUUGGUCCCAGGAGACUUGGUUAUUGUAGAGUUUGGCAAGAGAAUACCUGCAGAUAUCAGGAUAAUAGAGAGUAAUGGAAUGAAGGUAGAUAAUUCAAGUUUGACUGGAGAAACUCUUUUAUUACAAAGGACUCCUGAGUGCAGUCAUCCUGAGAAUCCCUUGGAAACAAAGAAUCUUAUAUUCUUUGGUACCUUGUGCAAAGAAGGUAAUGGAAGAGGAAUAGUUGUUUUUACUGGCGAUAAUACAGUCAUAGGUUAAAUUGCAGGUUUGGCAAUGUCCUCUGGAGAAGAAGAGUCUGUUUUGAGAAAAUAAAUCAAUCUCUUUGUCAAAAUGAUUGCAAUAAUAGCUUUAAUUUGUGGAGUUGUGUUUUUCAUCUUAGGUAUGUCUUAUGGAUACCCUGCAUUGUAAAACAUUAUUUUGAUGAUGGGUAUUGCUGUUGGGUAUGUGCCAGAAGGUUUGAUUGCAACAGUCACGGUGGCAUUGAGCUUAACAGCAAAAAGAUUAGCUCAGUAGAAAGUGUUGGUUAAAAAUUUGGAGUGUGUUGAAACUUUGGGAUCAACUUCCUGUAUUUGUUCUGAUAAGACUGGUACUUUGACUUAGAAUAAGAUGACAGUGGAACAUUUGUGGUACAACAACAAGAAGGUUAAAGGGUUGAAUUAUCAGAAGUUUGGGAAGAAAUAUAAUUACGAAUAUGAUUUGAAAAGUAAAGGAUUUUAAGAUCUCUUUGAAUGUGCAUCCUUUUGUUCAGAAGCUAUUUUUGAUCCAUCAUUGCCAUAGGAAAUAAGAAUGAAGAUUUAAAAUGAUAAAGUCUUUAAUCAGUAGCAAAAAGAAUAGAAAAUAUAAUUGGCUACUCAUGACUGGGAUAUUAAAUUACAGACUAUGUCUUGGUUGGAAAGGCCUACCAUUGGUGAUGCAUCUGAGAGUGCCUUGAUCAAAUUCUUAUAACCAAUUAAAGACAUUUAAGAAACCAGAAACAGCAAAAAAUUAGCUAUCGAUAUUGAUGGCAAAAAUGCAAGAAUGCCAUUUAAUUCAACAAAUAAAUAUGCUUUUGUUAUUGUUGAAUAUGAAACUGAUGAAUCAUUUUAUUGUUUGAUGACAAAAGGAGCACCUGAAAGAAUAUGGGGACUAUGCACAACUGUAAAUAAUGAUGGAUAAGAAUAAAAAAAAGAUGAGACUUGGGAAUAAGCAUUUUAAUCUAUAAACAAGUAAUUUGGUAAAAACGGAGAAAGAGUUCUUGGUUUUGCUAAAAUCCAUUUACCAAAAACAGCAUAUCCCAGAGGCUAUCCAUUCAAUCUAGAUAAGAUGAACUUCCCUUGGGAUAAAUAGUAGUUUUUAGGAUUGUUCUCUUUAAUCGAUCCACCAAAAGACUCUGUCCCAGAUUCAGUUAUAAAAUGCAAGACAGCAGGAGUGCAAGUAAUUAUGGUAACUGGAGAUCAACCUGUGACUGCUGCAUCAAUAGCCAAACAGUGUAACAUCAUCACUGAAAAAACAGUGAAUGAAAUUGCUGAAGAUGAAGGAAUUACUUUUGAAGAAGCAUUCCAUAGAUCCAAUGCUAUCGUAAUUCAUGGAGAUUUAUUGACUAAAAUGAUGAUUGAUGAUGAAGGCAAACCAGAAUAAGAAUAGGGAAGACCACUUUAAGAAUGGCUUAGUAAAUCUCAAGUAGUUUUUGCUAGAACAAGUCCUGCUCAAAAAUUGAUUAUAGUCGAUGGUUGUCAAAAGAAGGGACACAUUGUGGCUGUUACAGGGGAUGGAGUUAAUGAUUCUCCAGCUAUAAAGAAGGCAGAUAUUGGUAUCUCAAUGGGUAUAACUGGAUCCGAUGUGGCCAAAGAUGCAGCUGAUAUGAUCUUACUCAAUGAUGAUUUCUCUAAUAUUGUCAUUGGUAUAGAAGAAGGAAGAAAGAUUAUUGAUAAUCUCAAGAAGACUAUUGUUUUUGUCUUAACAGGUAACAUUGUAGAAGUUAUUCCUAUAUUUGCCUACUUUAUUUUGAAUAUACCCUUGCCUUUAACAACAGUGCUAAUUUUAUGCAUUGAUGUUGGUACUGGUAUUAUUCCAAGCACUGCUUUUGUGUAUGAAGAUGCUGAAUUAGAUAUCAUGACGAGAAGACCAAGAAACAAAUAGGAAAAUUUAAUCACUCCUAAAAGCAUUGUAUUUGCAUAUGCAUAACAUGGAUUCAUUCAACUUUGUGGAUGUUUCCUAGCAUACUUUGUUGUUUUCUAUGAUUUUGGCUUUCCUUCAGACUCCUUAAUUGGAAUGCUGGCCAAAAACGGUGUUAUUCCAAGAGCAACUGAUAUUUUUGAUCCACUUGAUCCCUUCUUUGGAAAUUCCAACCUUCGAGAUAAUUAUAAUAAUCGAGUCUCUGAGUAACCUGAAACUGUCAGUAAAAUAUGUAUUUCAGAUGACGAAGGUAAUUUUGAACCAAUCGAUUGGUUAUUCUCUAAAAAUAAUAAUGUAGAUUUGAGAAUGUAUUAUUUACAAUGCAAUACAGAAACUAACAAAUGGGAAGAAAGUGUUGUUUGGGGAGAAUGCAAAGUCAAUUAGAUAUCUCCAAUUAGUAAUAAGCCUGUAUGUUACACUACUGAGGCCUUGUAAUAUGCUUAAACUGCUUAUUUUGUUGGCCUUGCUUACACAUAAAUGUGCAAUUACCAAUCUUUGAAAACCCAUAAAUCUGCAGGUAUCUUCUAAGGCUUCAAUAAUGUGUUUAUGCAUUUUGGAUUUAUGACUUUGAUUGUCUUAGUCAUGUUGCUUACAUAUGUUGAAAGCAUUAACAUAGCUUUCCAGACCAGAGACAUACUAUUCUAGCAUUCAAUGCUGGCAUUACCUUUUGGUUUAUUGAUGUAGGUUUGGAAUGAGGCAAGAAAAUACAUGGUUAGGAAUGUUCCUUAAACCACACCGAACAUGCCUAAUUGGUGGGCAAGAUGCACAUCAAUUUGA